AUGCCAGUGCCACCGCCGCCACCACCUCCUCUGCCUCCACCUCCCCCGCCUCUGGGGGCUCCUCCCCCUCCCCCACCAUCAGCACCCCCGGUAAGCACAGACACCUCCAGCUUGCGAAGGGCAGAUCCGAAAGGCCGGAGUGCGCUGUUGGCUGAUAUCCAGCAAGGAACUCGCCUGCGCAAAGUCACGCAGAUCAACGACCGCAGCGCCCCGCAGAUCGAGAGUUCUAAAGGAACCAACAAAGAAGGAGGAGGUUCUGCAAACACACGAGGUGCGAGCACACCUCCCACCCUGGGAGAUCUGUUUGCUGGUGGCUUUCCUGUAUUGCGACCAGCAGGCCAGCGGGAUGUAGCAGGUGGCAAGACAGGGCAGGGCCCUGGCUCCCGCGCGCCCUCUCCCAGGCUUCCCAACAAAACCAUCAGCGGCCCGCUUAUCCCGCCUGCCUCUCCCAGGCUAGGCAAUACCUCCGAGGCGCAUGGCGCUGCCAGAACAGCCCCGCCUCGCCCCAACGUGCCUCUCAAAGCGGAGCCCACCAGCCCUGCGCAAGAUGUGCAGGAGCCUCCAGCCCCGCCACCCCCGCCGCCCCCGCUCCCCACUUAUGCUUCGUGCUCCCCGAGGGCUUCUUUGCCCGCGCCCCCUUUGCCAGGAGCUAAUAACAGCAGUGAAGCCCCACCCCCGCUACCCCCCAAAUCCCCCAGCUUCCAGGCCCCACCGCAGAAGGUCAGUGCGCAGGCCUUGCCCGCCCCGCCUGCCCCUCCGGGCUCCCAGACGUUCCUGCAGAAGAAGAGGCACGGCCGACCAGGGGCCGGUGGGGGAAAGCUAAAUCCACCUCCAGCACCCCCUGCAAGAUCACCCACCACAGAGCUUUCAAGCAAGAGCCAGCAGGUCACAGCCUGGACCCCGACGCAGCAGCCUGGAGGUCAGCUGCGAAAUGGAAGCCUGCACAUCAUCGAUGACUUUGAGUCUAAAUUCACGUUCCAUUCUGUGGAAGACUUUCCUCCUCCGGAUGAAUAUAAACCAUGCCAGAAGAUUUACCCCAGCAAGAUCCCCAGAAGCCGGACACCUGGUCCCUGGCUCCAAGCAGAGGCAGUCGGGCAGAGCUCUGAUGACAUCAAAGGCAGAAAUUCUCAGUUAUCUCUGAAGACUCUUCGGUGAGAAGACAGAUGAAGCCAAGGUCCUGGGGUUCCAGGUUGCAGAACAUGUCAGACCCCGCCCACUCCAUGCUCAAGCUGUAAUUCAGUUGGCAUACAGGCUUGGAAUUGAGAAUUUAUUUAUUGUAAAUAUGUGGUUUGCACGGGCUUUAAAGCAGUAUUUUAAUGGACUUUUAUUUCAGUAAUAUUUUUUAAAACACCCCUCAUUUUUCCGUUUUUUACACUGCAUCUUGGCAUUUGUCUGUCAGCUCAGAUAGAGCCCUGUCCCUCCACCUAGUGCCCACUCCAUGACUGUGAAUACGCUUGCAGGCUGGCCCUUCCUAGAUUCUGAACCGUUUGUAGAGAGUCCUUCGUUUGCAGGUAGCCCCAAAGUUAUAAAUAUCCACAACGGCUUCUUAUUGGCAUGAUUUUAUAUUCUCAUCACACUAACUGCAAAAUCAAACCAAACAAUGCCUUAUCAAUGACGCAGCUCAGAGGAAAUAGUGUGUUCCCCACACCCAGACAGUGCCGCGCAGCCUCCAGGGAACGAGAUGCCAUGUCUCGCUUUCAUUUUGCAGUACAGGGAUUUUUUUUUUUUUCUGCUUAAUGUAAACAUAUCACAAAGUAAAGGCAAGAGUGGGCUUGGCCCCUCAGAUGCCGACCACAGGGCCCCUUUUGUAACUGAAUAAUCCUCCAAGUAGCCAAUGCUCCUACUGUUUACAGUGUCCCUAGUGCCCAAGUCUCCGUCACUUUCCUUCUGUUCCCUCCAAGUUCCCAGUCCCAUCCCGGUAGCCAGCUUUACGAGAUUUUGCUAUUUCUUCCCUGCAGAUUAAAAACAUACACAACUCAUCAUUAUGCUAAACUACCCAUUGUAUCUCAGAGGUCUCCCCUUCUGCCCUGGCUUCAAGUGUGGACUUCAUGGAAAAUAUGACAUGAAAAAGUGUAGAAUGAAACAUCGUGUGAAAUACCUGCCACAAAUACCUGGUGCCUCACCGCCCCCUUCUUAGGACCCUUGGAGCCACCCAUCGGACAAAACCUAGCUCCCUUCUGAGCUAAAGGAGAACCCUGCCUGACAACUCCACAUUCAUCCCCUUGUGGUGAGCGCCUGUCCGUGGGGAGAUGUGUGCAAGCUCAGCCACUCUGAAUAUGGAAAAGGGCAGGCCGGGCUGGGCCUGCUCUUCACUCCCUCUUCUUGAUCCUGCAGGGUGGGGAAGUGUGUGCCUGAUCCCUGUUGUUCCCCAUCCUUGGUCGGGGAAGACUGUGACAGAGGAAGGAGAAAAAAUAGAAGGAAACAGACUGAUCCCCUGGGCUGUGCUCAAAAUAGCUGCCCUUUAAAGGAAAUCAGGCAGGGAGGGGAGGGAAGCCAGUGAAAAAGAAAUUUGCUUUGCAACACCCCACACACACAUUCACCCCCGAAGGAUAUCGUGUCCAGACCAAGCCAUCCAGAAAGGCAGCCGGUCAGGAGGGUGUGGACAAACAUGACUGCAUCUGCCCCACUGUUGUCUGGAGUAAAGACCCAGGUGGUGUCCUGCCGCAGUGCUGUGCUUUCUCAUUCCAGAUGGAAGCAAGUGAGCCAGGGUCAAAUUCCCGUCUCUGGGGGAAUGAAUCAAGCCAAAACUGUAACAGCUAAAUCAAUAGAAAAGAAGUUUUUGCAGGUCAUCAGCUCUGGGCAUAACUAAUUUGUUUUAUUGGUUCUGGAAGAUUUCCAAAAAGCCAGAAUGUAUUAUUAUAACAUUGUCCACUCCACCGCCCUCACAGUUGUAUAAAAUAAUUAUAAAAGUUUUAAUGAUCCUGAUUAAGAAGACCCUAAACAAAGGCAAUUCCACCUUCAGAGUAGACUGCCUGCCCUAAUGAGGUGUUUAGGCAUUCGUGUCCCCUGUGGCUGGGAUGGAAAUUAAAAUAACACUAUUUAAGGACAGAGGGGGCCGGGAGCAGUGGCUCACGCAUGUAAUCCCAGCACUUUGGGAGGCCGAGGUGGGUGGAUUACUUGAGGUCAGGAGUUCAAGGCCAGCCUGGCCAACAUGGUGAAACCCUGUCUCUACUCAAAUACAAAAAAAUAGCUGGGCGUGGUGGCUCACACCUGUAAUCCCAGCAAUUUGGGAGGCUCAGGCACAAGAAUCACUUGAACCCUGGAGGCGGAGGUUGCAGUGAGCUGAGAUGGUGCUACUGCACUCCAGCCUGGGCAACAGAGCGAGACCCUAAUUCAAAAAAAAAAAAAAAAAAAGGACAGAGGGGAGGAAGGAGCAGAAACCAAAAAUGGCAAUUAGGGAGAAAUCUCAGGAAUGUGGCAUCCCAUCUCCCCUUGAGACCUAUCACUGAAUUCACAACCCUUGGAGCUCAUGCUGGUGCACUGAGUUCCUUUGGCGGUGUAAAGGUUUAACCCCUUGACUGUAAACUCAUACUUAGAGACAUCUGAGUCAUAGAGUCCCCGCCAUUGUCAUAUAUUCUCACUGACACUGCAGUCUGUGACUCCUCCAAUGUUUCACCUGUAUUUUAUUUUUAUUGAUGUCUCCUUCUGCAGAUUAAUUUCUUUGUACUUAAUAAACUUUAGUAAGUGGAAAUGCUU